GAGCAGAGGGAGCUCUAGCUUUGGCACUACUGGAGAAAAGUACGACUGUGAGUUUGUCGGCCAGAGGAAAGAAGAUUGUUGGGCCAAGGAGACAUGACAAAGAUUAAAGAAGGAUGUGGAGCACCACAAGAUCAGUUUUCUCUCAGCUGACCUUGAAACAAACAGAAAGAGAGAGAAGAAAAAGUCGAGAAGCCCAGAGGACUUGUCUGAACUAGAAGCAGAGAAAGAAGACUGGUUUCUAACUGGGGAGACGUGUUCUCACUCACCCAGAGGAAACACUGAGUAUAGCCAGACAGACAGGAAGAGGGUGAGGGAGAGGAGGAGGAGGACGACGACAAGCAGAGAGUACAAAAAAACAUAAGACAGCAGAGAGGCAUAAAGAUUAACACCCUCGAGAGAGCGAGAGAGAGAGUGAGACGGGUUUGUGUGAAAGAGGUUCGACUGGGGAGAAACGAGCAGAAGAAGGAAGGAAAACUGAAAGCAGACGGACAGCAGAUAGCGGGUGAGCGUUGAGCAAGGUGAAGCAGGACAGAAAAGACAGGGACAUAUGGUGUGAGGGGGCUAGCGGGCAAAGUUAGCAGGAGGGGGGAGGUAUGAGGGUGCAGCUCCUGAAGUUACUCUUCUGCUUCAUUCUCUGUUUGGUGAGCCUGAUCAUCUGGUGCACGUUCAGCCACAGCAAUGUGGAAGCUCACAAAUCGCCUCCUACAAAGAAAAGCGCAGCUCGACCUGCUGUCCUCUGUGCAGGCUGCAGCAAUGUGGAAGCUCACAAAUCGCCUCCUACAAAGAAAAGCGCAGCUCGACCCGCUGCCCUCUGUGCAGGCUGCAGGGAGGUCAUCGACAAAGUAACAAAGCUUUACUCUCAAACCUGGAAAAGGGAUGAUAAAAAUUACACAUAUUUCAGAUCUGAGCUGAAAAACAAGUGCCAUGGUUUUGAAAAGGCCAUCAUCACCCAAGCCAACACGGCUGUGGGAUCUAAGCUUGUGUACGACGGGGAAAGGAAGAGGACCCUACAGGUGACCCAGGAGAUUUUCAGCACCUUCGCAAAGGAGCAUCCUUUCCCAAACAAAACAUGGGACACUUGUGCUGUGGUUGGGAACGGAGGGAUCCUGGCCAACAGCAGCUGUGGAAAGACGAUCGACUCAGCUCAGUUUGUUAUCAGGUGCAACUUACCUCCUUUGGAAAAAGGCUACGAGAAACAUGUGGGCCUCAAGACUGACCUGGUGACAGCGAACCCAAGCAUAUUCAUGGAGAAGUUUGGGUCUCUAAAGGGGCGUCGGCGUCGGUUUGUGGAUAGUUUGCGUACCUAUGGCAACUCCCUGCUGCUAAUUCCCGCCUUCUCCUUUGGCCAAAGCACUGAUGUGUCCCUGCGGGUUGUCUACACCAUUGAGGACUUUGAAAGCCCCACCCGGCCCGUCUUCUUCAACCCCGAGUACCUCAGGAGUCUGGCCACAUUCUGGCGCUCCAAAGGCAUACGAGCAGUGCGGCUCAGCAGCGGCAUGAUCAUGGCUAGCAUGGCUCUGGAACUCUGUGCCAACGUGCAUCUCUAUGGAUUCUGGCCUUUCAGCAAUCACCCAUAUGGAUUCCGUGCCCUGACGAAUCACUACUACGACGACAGACAAACUAAAACGAAGAUCCAUGCCAUGCCGGCUGAGUUUGACCUCCUGCUGCGGCUGCACAGAGAUGGGGUGCUCAAGCUUCACCUGGAGGACUGUCAACCGGGUGAAAAGUAGUUCCAGAGCCCAGAGCAAAGUGCCUUCUUUGUAGCCUCAGGACGAAGUCAGACACUCAUGCAAUGGGUGGACAGAUCUAUUUUCACUGGUGACACAGACUAAACCGGAUAAUUCGUGGUGGCAAUGUGGAUACUUGGAAUCUGGACUUGUUGUGAAUCCCGAGUUGGCCUAUCAGCAGUCAAGUCAUUUGCACUGAGAACUUCAACAAUCAUAAGACUCAUAAGACUGUAAAGAAUCUGCAAACAGUCUUAUAAUGUACGUAGAGCUGUAUUUAUUAUCACAAAAGUUCCAGCCGGAUUCUGAUUUAAAAAGGAAUCCCUUGCCAGACCUGUGUGGGGGUCUGUAUUGUCGUGCCUUAUAUGAAUGGCCGUGGGGGCUCUUGAAAUAAUCUGAAUGUAUUUUGAAGAAAAUCAAAUACCUCCUUUACAUCAGUUGUCGGUCUAAAACACUUCAGCUUUUAAUGAAAACAGCAGCACGGUGAAUGUGAAGAAUCUUUUCAGAUAUUCAGACAUAUAACCACUUUGACAGUAUUCUGCACACUACUGAGGGGAAAAGUGGUUGUAGAGGGAGGAUGUCACUGUUCCUGCUGAAUGUAACACAAACAAGAGGAAAACCUCUGAGUGCCUGCAGGUCAUGCCUUUGGAGCAUAAGCCACACACCAUAAUGGCUGCCCUCUGUGGCCUAUGGUUGUCAGAAGAACUUAUUAAGUGAGCCUCUGAGCCCAGGGUCACUGCAGAAUAAUAAAAAAAUGCCAAUACCAAUAAAUAUCCCUUGUUGCCACAGUGGGUGCCCAGAGAGGGAUAAAUAAGUGCCUUCAAAAAGAAGCAACGUCCUCAUAUUUUACAGUAUUGGUUAGGAAAAUUUGAUGUAAAGGCUAAAUCUAUUCAGAUUUAACCAACUCCAGCAUAAGGUGAUGUAUUGAUUGUGAAUUGUGCACUGUGGGCAAAAACUGUAACCUUUGGGGAUUCUCUUGUGACAUCUUCAUCAAGACUUCGGUGGGUUCACGCUGACCCUUGAAAAGUCUCAAAAGUCAUUUCUGUGGACCAGAGAAAUAAUGUAGGAGCUGUAGAUGACCAAACUUGCCAAUGUCAGGAUUUGAAUGUUUGUGAGCAGUGUGAUGUGAUGUGAGAGGAAAAAAUGCCGUUCUGAAUAAAUAUUUGUCAAAAACAGAAAAAGAAAUGAAAAGGCUAUUUGUACGUGAUCAGCGGCUGGAGUGGAAUCCAUUUGUCUGACCAGGAAGGCAAAAGCUUUUUCCCAGACGUCUCAGCUUGCAGAGUUUAGUGUAUUUGAGCCUUUAAGUGCUGCAAACCUGCCAAGAUUUGUCAUUAGAAUUCAGUAUUCCGGCUUACAAGCAGAACAUUUGACCAGUUUGAGGACACAGUUUGUGCUCGGUGUUCGAGUCAGGGCUGGAACACCGUAUGAUCCAGUGUUUUAUUAGCACAGUCGUUAUGUGAGCACACUUCCAUUAAUCCUCUCCUAUUUUAGUUACACCUCAUACAGCAAUUUCCCUUGAUUUAAGUCAUGUGCAUGACUCCUUAUUCAUAUUGCCGUUCAUUAUUUGGUCUCAUGUCUUUCCAUUUUUGAUACAGCUGUGAUAUAAGAGGCUUACACAUUACUGCACCUUCCACUUCUCCAAGUUUCUCCUGCAUGUCCUGCUGCAGGGCAUCCCACACUUACUGGAUGGACCAGACA